AUGGAGGAAAAGUUCAACCCGGAACCCACUUCCGACGGACCUCGAACAAAGCCGUCGUCGAAGGCCCAAGAGACAAAUGCGGAUAAUGCCACUUCAUCAAAACGACGUUGUGUCAGCACAGCAUGUAUCGCGUGCCGUAGGCGGAAGUCCAAGUGCGAUGGAAACCUUCCUAGCUGCGCCGCCUGUUCCUCCGUCUAUCAUACAGCUUGCGUUUAUGAUCCCAAUUCCGAUCAUCGUCGAAAAGGAGUUUAUAAGAAGGAUACCGAUACGUUGAGAACCAAAAACUCAACCUUGUUAACUCUAAUUCAGGCCAUACUCAAUUAUGAGGAAGAAGACGCCUUUGAUCUGGUUCGGCAGAUCAGGUCGUGCGAGAACCUGGAGGAUGUGGCACAGUCCCUCUUAAAUCAAGAGAGAAAAGCCCUGGCUACACCUGCAGUCCCUGAAGAUGAGAACCUCAACCAGACGGAUCAAUUUGAGUCUGAACUGGCCGGAAAGAUGAGCAAUCUUGUCCUCGACGGCUCUCGCAAAUUCAUCGGAGGAACGUCGAAUCUCAUUUUUCUACCUCCUGGGUCAGAACUCAAUGAGUUCAACCCCGACUUGGAUAGUAGCGGGGAUACUGAGGGUUCCGUCACGCAAUGGACGAGGGUUACUGAUGACGGUCGGCUCAUUAACCACUUAAUGACCAUGUACUUCACGUGGCAUUAUCCGUUUUUCACCACCCUUUCCAAGGAACUCUUCUACCGUGACUACAUCCGUGGGGUACCGAGUCAAUAUUGCUCAUCACUACUAGUUAACACCAUGCUGGCUUUAGGAUGCCAUUUUAGCUCCUGGCCAGGAGCUCAUGAGGACCCCGACAGCUCUGCCACUGCUGGAAACCAUUUCUUCAAGGAGGCGAAAAGAUUGGUCCAUGAGAAUGACGAACUUGCCAAUUCAAAGCUAUGCACGGUUCAGGCCCUGGCUCUCAUGUCCGUACGAGAGGCCGGGUGCGGUCGUGAAGGGAAAGGUUGGGUCUAUAGCGGAAUGAGUUUCCGCAUGGCGCUUGACUUGGGCUUGAAUCUGGAAUCUUCAAGUCUCGUGACACGCGACCUCAACGAGGAAGAAACCGAUGCGCGGCGCAUUACCUUUUGGGGUUGUUUCCUUGUUGACAAAUGCUGGUCUAACUAUCUUGGCCGUCAACCUCAAUUCACAACAUCCAACACGAGUGCCGCGAAUUUGUAUAUCAUCCCCAAUGAAGAAUCAACACUAUGGUCUCCUUACACCGAUACGGGCGCUAGUCGUGAAUACGCACAGCCUUCGCGAACAAGGGCAGUCGCCGUUCAAAUUUCCGAGCUGUGUAGAAUUAGUGGAGAUUUGUUAGUGUCUUUCUAUGACCUUACACCCACAGAAAAGCCGACGUCCAAGCAAAUGGAGCUGAAAAAGCUGAGUGAGAUUCAUACACGUUUAGAAGCUUGGAAGAAAGGAUUACCGAAGGAGCUUGAACCACGAGAAGGCCAGCUACCACAGGCACUACUCAUGCACAUGUUUUUCCAGCUACUCCUCAUUCACCUUUACCGCCCUUUCCUCAAAUACAGCAAAUCGACGUCACCGCUUCCUCAACAUGUUUCUCCCCGGAAGCUUUGCACGCAGGCUGCUGCGGCCGUGUCGAAACUGCUUCGUCUUUAUAAACGUACAUAUGGGUUCAAACAAAUUUGCAACAUUGCAGUUUAUAUAGCACACACGGCCUUAACAAUCCACAUUCUUAAUAUACCUGAGAAGAAUGCCCAGAGAGAUGUUAUACACGGCUUAAAGCAUCUCGAGGAAAUGGGAGAGUCUUGGCUGUGUGCUCGGCGAACACUGCGAAUCCUGGACAUAUCCGCCAAUAAGUGGCAGAUCCAGUUACCCAGAGAGGCUGUUAUCAUUUUUGAACAAACGCAUGCGCGAUGGGGUUCGUGGGGCUCUUGGGACCUGGCUGCGUCGCCCUCAGCCUCCGAAGGAUCACCGCCAGUUGUCGAUAUGGCCCAACCUCUAAUUUCGGCCGCCAAUAUUUCCCCGACUCCUGUGCAGGCCGUAGGCGCUCAUGUUGCCAAUCCUAUCAUCCAGUCGUCGCCCAUUGUAGCAGGGCCUCUCAGUUCUCAAUUUCCACCGACACGCUCAGCUCCCCUCUCGGUAUCGGACAUGCGUUCAGCCCAACGAUCGUUUAGUGCCCAGCUCGCAAGAAACGAAGCUCGCCAACCCGAACCCACUUAUCUCCGACCAGUUUCGACCAACUAUAACACCGCCCAUUCUGGUCAAAUCGCGCCACAAGAAGCAUGGUACAAUCCAAAUGAAGCGCAUUUACGUUCCUUCGCUGCCGUUAACAAUAUGUCUGCCGCUUCCGCCGCUUCUCCUCUCACUACCUUUGAUGCGUCAGAGAACCUGGUCGAAGAAAGUCAGGACUGGUGGUCUCGUGACGUAAAUUCACUACACCUGGGAGCCGAUGACUGGGCUCAGGGUUGGAAUAACAGUAUUCCAACUACAUCGCCAGAUUGGCACUACGAGGACAAUAUGCCAAAUAUUCCUUCUACAGCAGCGUCUGAUGCUAAUUUUAGGCCUCCACAGCCGGCGGAGAUCCUAGCCACAAUGCCUCCUAACAUGGAAAGGCGGAAUCAGAACGCUCCUGGUACUAACAACAACCAAAAUAAUCUUGCCGUUCCCGGGAAUUUUCAGCAAUAG